GACGACAUUUCACUUUAGUUGAUAUUUGGUAAUAUAAAUUUAUAUGCUAAGUAUGUUAUUGAUAUUAUGAGUUUAAGAUCAGUCGGACAUUAAGUUUAUAUAGCGAAAUUAUUUUAUGAUGUCGAGGAAAGGAUUUUAUAGAGGGUUAGUAGCCGCCACAGUAUUGUUAGUUCUAUGCGCAACGCUUAAGAAUGUCUGGCCACCCCGAACGCCGGGCACACGUUUCGACAACAAACCCAAAACUGUUUCUGUUCCAACAACGACGUGGCCAUAUAGGCUGGUAGGUAAUGGAAACCAGGAUGACAUUCAGAUUAAUCAAGACAAUUCAACGUACCUAAAUGACAAUGCAAAAGCAUCUCUUGCUAAAGACAUCGAAGGGGAAACACACGUGUCUUGGUUUGAUAUGUGUAGUAGAAAAGAUGAUAAUGAUGUGGCUAAAAUUCAGCAGAAGGUCAAACACAUCAUGUUUUUGAAAGUACACAAGGCUGGUUCAACAACAAUGGAAUAUUUAUUCUUCAGAUUUGGUAUCCAUUACAAUUUGACUUUAGUACUUCCCAAGAAUGGUUUUUAUGUCCUAAUGAGAGAUGAUCUAAGUGACAUUUUGCCUAUAAGACAGGAUGCCCACUACGAUAUGUUAGCCAGUCAUACAAUUUAUAAUUCAACAAAGAUUUCGCGUGUCCUGCCAGAAGACACAAUAAAAAUCGGAAUUAUUCGGGAACCGUUUGACAGAAUGGUAAGUGCGGCAUACUAUUACAGGGACAUAAGAAAAAUGCCAUAUCUUUCAGCUGUACCAAAGGACAAUUUUAUAUCAAACCUCAUUCGUAAUCAUUCUGUAUAUGAUACAAACGAAUUUUCUCAAACUAAGAAUUCUAUGGCAAUGGAUUUUGGAUUUCCUAAAGGAUUGACAGAAAACAUGUCAUAUGCCAUUUCAGCUUACAUUUCAAAACUUUCUUCCGAGUUUGAACUUAUUCUAAUAAUGGAAAGAUUCGAAGAAUCGUUGAUCUUGAUGAAAAGACUCUUGAAAUGGGAUACGUCCGAUAUAUUACACAUUGCAACGAACAGAAACAAGCAUAUACAAGUGACACCUGAUACAGAAGAUCUGGCUAAGUUUAAAUCUAUGUGUUUCCUGGACUAUGCUAUUUACAAUCAUUUUUGGAGAAUAUUUGAAUCCAAGAUAGCAUCUGAAGGCAAAAGUUUUAAAGAAGAAGUCGAGUACUUUAAAACCGUAUUGGAUAGUGUUAACGCAUUUUGUAGGAAUGUGAAGGAGGGCGACAAUUUUAAGGUUGAUGGGUCACAGUGGAACUGUCCAUUCACAUUGACUAGUAGAGACUGUAAAGCUAUGGAAAUGGAUUUAGAUGUUAUAUCUCUCCCGAUUUUAAGGGAACGACAUAUUAAAAUACAAGGCCUUUGAAUAUUUUUUUAUUUUCCUCAUCAUUUGAUGCUGGAGUGUCGAGGGCAUCCCAUUAAAGACCUUACAAUAUCAUUUUUUAAUUUAAAAUGUUGCAUUUUAGACUCUAUAUGACAAGUAGUGACAAGAAAAAAAUAUAUGAAAUAAUAAAAAAAAACAUAUUUUCCCAUUGUUGUUUCCAAAGCAUCUUUCUAAAGACUCUUGAUUGGCUAUUUGAAGAUUUUUUUUAAUCAACAUACAUGUAUAGGCUUACUUUGGGCUUCCUUUUUAUCUGUAGUUAUCUAGUUCCCGUUCUUUAUCAAAAUCUAAUAACAUGUUGUUUUUUUUUGUUUUUUUUU